AUGGCGGCCGCCAUUGCCGUUCUUCGCGCCGCCCUCCGCCGGGGCCGUCCGGCAGCCGCGGCGCUACUGCACCAACGUCCCAACCCCUCCGCUCGGAGCCUCCCGCCGCCGCCUCCUCUCGGUCGAGCGCUUCCUCCCCUCCCGCGGCUUGGUUUCUCCGCCAGCUUCGGCUACUCCACCGCCACCGAGGAGUCGACGCCCGCCGCGAGGCCCAAGGGCAAGGCCAAGGCCAGGAAGAACCCCAUGAAGCAGUCGCGCUUCGACUUCACCAAGGUGGACGCCGCGCUUCUCCCCACCGUCAUCCUCGUCGGCCGCCCUAACGUCGGCAAGUCAGCCCUAUUCAACAGAUUUAUACGGAGGAGGGAGGCGUUGGUGUACAAUACUCCUGGGGACCAUGUCACUCGUGACAUCCGUGAAGGAGUUGCCAAGCUUGGAGAUCUCCGUUUCCGCGUGCUUGACUCAGCUGGACUUGAGACUGCAGCAACAUCUGGGAGCAUUCUCGCUCGGACCGCAGAUAUGACAGGGAAUGUAUUGGCUAGGUCUCAAUUUGCCAUUUUCUUGAUUGAUGUGAGGGAUGGUCUGCAGCCGCUGGAUCUUGAGGUUGGGCAAUGGCUGCGGAAGCAUGCAUCUGGGAUACAUACGCUUGUUGCGAUGAACAAGUCUGAGUCACUUGAUGAGCAUGGACUUCUGACUGCUGCUGCUGGAGAAGCACACAAGUUGGGGUUUGGUGAUCCUGUUGCAAUAUCCGCAGAGACAGGCCUGGGGAUGGCAGAACUCUAUGAGAUACUCAGGCCAUUGUUUGAGGAAUACAUGUUUCAGCUUCCAAACAAUGACCUCAAUCAAGAUGAUCCUACCUCAGAGGUUGAAACUGAGGCCCAUGAAGGUGACGAGAGCAAGUUACCUUUGCAGUUGGCAAUUGUGGGACGUCCUAAUGUUGGGAAGUCCACCCUUUUAAAUACCUUGUUGCAAGAACAGAGAGUUCUUGUUGGUCCAGAGGCAGGUCUAACAAGGGACUCGAUUCGGGCUCAGUUUCAAUUUGAUAAUCGAACCGUGUAUUUAGUGGACACUGCAGGUUGGAUGGAAAGAUCAGGGAAGGAGAAAGGGCCAGCAUCUUUGAGUGUUGUGCAGUCUAGAAAGAACCUAAUGAGGGCUCACAUUGUUGCUCUUGUGCUGGAUGCUGAAAAGAUUGCUAAGUCCAAAAGUAGCAUGAAUCACCCAGAAGUCGUGAUAGCACGGCAAGCAAUAGAAGAGGGCCGUGGACUCGUUGUGAUUGUCAAUAAAAUGGAUCUCCUUAGAGAUAACCAAACGCUGUUUAACAAGGUUAUGGACGCUGUUCCUAGUGAAAUUCAGACAGUCAUUCCUCAGGUGACAGGAAUACCGGUUGUUUUUGUGUCAGCACUGGAGGGGAGGGGACGGAUUGCUAUGAUGCGCCAGGUUAUAGAUACCUAUGAGAAAUGGUGUUUAAGAUUGUCAACAUCACGGCUCAACCGUUGGUUGCGUAAGGUUAUGAGCAGACAUUCCUGGAAAGAUUCAGCUACUCAGCCAAAAGUCAAGUACUUCACUCAAGUGAAGGCGCGACCACCAACUUUUGUUGCCUUUAUGAGUGGGAAGACUCAGCUUUCUGAUACAGAUAUUAGGUUCUUGACAAAGUCUCUCAAGGAAGAUUUCGACAUUGGGGGAAUACCGAUCCGGAUCGUACAACGUUCUAUUCCAAGAAAAGCUUCUGCAAAGAGCAACACAAGGAACACUGGGCCUAGGAUUGUCAGGAUGAAAACAGACAAACGAACAACGGUAUCUGACCCUGCUCUGUCAUAG